AUGGCCGACCAAGAGGUUGAUCUGGACUCGAUCAUCGAUCGGCUCCUGGAAGUGAGGGGUAGCCGCCCUGGAAAGCAGGUGCAGCUGCUUGAGUCAGAGAUUCGCUUCCUCUGCACCAAGGCCCGUGAGAUUUUCAUCUCUCAGCCUAUUCUGCUCGAACUCGAGGCUCCCAUCAAGAUCUGCGGUGAUAUCCACGCCAACUACCUUUUCCUCGGUGACUAUGUCGACCGCGGCAAGCAGUCCCUCGAGACCAUCUGCCUGCUCCUCGCCUACAAGAUCAAGUACCCCGAGAACUUCUUCAUUUUGCGCGGUAACCACGAGUGUGCCUCCAUCAACCGUAUCUACGGCUUCUACGACGAGUGCAAGCGCCGCUACAACAUCAAGCUGUGGAAGACGUUCACCGACUGCUUUAACUGCCUUCCCAUUGCGGCCAUCAUUGACGAGAAGAUUUUCACCAUGCAUGGAGGUCUGAGCCCCGAUCUGAACUCGAUGGAGCAGAUUCGUCGGGUCAUGCGUCCCACCGAUAUCCCCGACUGCGGUCUUCUCUGCGAUCUGUUGUGGUCCGAUCCGGACAAGGACAUUACUGGCUGGAGCGAAAACGAUCGCGGUGUCUCCUUCACAUUCGGUCCCGACGUGGUCUCGCGAUUCCUUCAGAAACACGAUAUGGACUUGAUAUGCCGCGCGCAUCAGGUCGUCGAAGAUGGUUACGAGUUCUUCUCGAAGCGCCAGCUGGUUACACUGUUCAGCGCACCUAACUACUGCGGUGAAUUCGACAACGCGGGUGCGAUGAUGAGUGUCGACGAGAGCUUGCUCUGCUCCUUCCAGAUCCUCAAACCAGCCGAAAAGAAACAAAAGUACGUUUACGGGAGCAUGAGCUCCGGCGGAUCCGCCGCCACUCCUCCGCGCAAGCAAAAGAAGAAGUAA